GUGUCUAUAUGCCUGUGUGCGUGUGUCUGUCUGUUAUGUAUGUAUGCAUGGGAGGGUCGAACAUGCGCACGGCACCACGUUUUCAGUGUGUAUUUUUACGGUCAGAGCUGUAGCUGACGAAAAUGUCUCGAGAUGCUAAAGUUGAGCUGAAAAAACAAGUGACUUUACUGCAAGGGGUAGGUAUAAUCGUGGGUAUUAUAAUAGGAUCGGGAAUAUUUGUAUCUCCCGUAGGCAUUUUACAAAAUGUGAGAUCAGUUGGUCUUAGUCUAUUAAUGUGGGCAAUAUGCGGCUUGUACAACAUGCUUUGUGCCCUGUGUUACGCAGAGUUAGGGGCUUCGAUACCUGAAUCCGGGGGCGAAUAUGUCUAUAUUAAAAGAGCCUUCGGAGAUUUUGCAGGAUUCGUAUGUCUUUGGAUAAAUUUUCUGCUAGUAUGUCCCGUUGGUAUUGCUGCUGCUUCUCUAAUAUUUACAACGUAUUUGCUGAAACCAAUUUUCUCCGAAUGUGACAUACCUGAGAGCGGACUCCGCUUAAUAUCAGCAUUAAUUGUCAUGCUCCUUAUUAUGCUGAACUGCAUAAAUGUGAAAUUAGUUACAAGGUUGCAACUUAUCAUCACAUUCAGCAAGAUCAUAGCUCUGUUAAUCAUAAUCUUCAUUGGAUUUUAUUGGAUUGGCACUGGUAAAAAUGAAAGCUUUAAAAACACAUUUACUGGAACAGACUAUCGAAUUGGUCCAAUUGCAUUAUCAUUUUAUUCUGGUUUUUGGGCUUAUAGUGGUUGGUAAGUAUUAGAUUUCUAUUCAAGUGACCUAAUUGAAGUUCAUAGAAACCUCCCAUUGGCAAUCUUCAUCUCAAUGAGUCUUGUAAUUACUGUCUAUCUCAUUGCAAAUAUUGCUUAUCUUGGAGUUUUGUCACCUUUUGAAAUGCUCAAGUCUACUGCUGUAGCUGUGACAUUUGCUGAACAAACACUUGGACCUGCUUCUUGGAUAAUGCCAAUUCUAAUAGCUAUAUCUGUUAUUGGAAUGAUAAAUGGAACUUCGUUGUCAAUGUCAAGGUUAUUCUUUGUGGGAGCCCAGAAUAACCACAUGCCAAAAAUCAUUUCCAUGAUUACAAGGAAAAAUCUAACACCAGCACCUUCCCUUCUUAUAAUUCUUAUUUUAUCUUUGUCAUAUCAACAAUCUGGUGACAUUUUCUUCCUAAUUGAAAUGGAAGGCUUUGGUUUUGCAACAGUGCUUGUUAUGGUAUUUGCUGGCCAAGUAUAUCUUAGAAGAAAAGAACCCAAACUUCCUCGUCCAAUUAAGGUGCCUGUAGCCUUACCCAUAAUUUUGUUCUUUGUGAGUUUGAUAAUUGUGGCAUUAACAUUUUAUGAAAAACCACACGAGAGCCUUUUCGCCGCUGGAAUCGUUGCUGUUGGUUGCAUCAUAUAUUUAUUCUGUGUGAGAUGGAAGAAUAAACCAUUGAUAAUCAGGACUUCAUUAUAUAAAAUCACAUGUGUUUUGCAGAAGACACUAGAUGUAGUUGAGGUUGAUGUUGAUGAGGAAUUGAAUUGGGAUUAAAAAUGUGAAAGUACUUUCAGAAUUGAAAGACCUCAAUGCACCAGCUCAGAAAAUAAGAAAACACUUUCUAACUGUUAUCUUUGGAUUCUGUAUAGGUUCUAUCUCUAGUCAUUCAGUGGUUACCACAUAUAACUCUAUAUAUAUAUAAGGUUAUGUAGGGUAUUAGUUUCGACCAAACCCAAAGAUACAGGUAAUACCAAGUAAGUGCUGUAUACCAACUAGUUUUGCCUCUGUCGUGGUUGCAACAUGAGUGGGGAAUAUAACAUGGGUCGUGUAUUAGCGUGUGUAUGUAUAAAGAGAGAAGAGAAUAAAGAGAACAAUGGCAAAGUUAGAAAUAAAUUUUAUGGAUAAAGUCUUACAGCUGUUUCAGGGAAAAUCC